AUGUCCGGCGAAGGCCCCGAGUCAAUCCCCACGUCCGCGGACCGCCGCUCCCACCGUCCGACCAAGAAGCGCGCCCUGACACCGCUAUCCGCCCAAGCCGCCUCUCUAGACGCCCUGUUCGCCAAGCCGGACCAGGAGAUCCGCAUCCCGCCAUCUUCCAGCGGCGGUGCCGCCACCGCGGUGGGCGGUUUCCGACGUCCGCCCCCGCCGGAAGUCGUGACCAACGUCCAGGGGUCCAGCGCCGGUGCCGGCAGCGGCGAGUUCCACGUCUACAAGGCCGCGCGCAGGCGGGAGUAUGAGCGCCUGCGAGAGAUGGACAACGAGGUGCUGCGCGAGAAGGAGGCCGCCGAGUUCGAGCGCAGGAGGGACGAGAUGGAGCGCAGGGACGAGGAGAAGACGCGCAAGAAUCGCGAGAAGAGGGAGAGGAUGAAGGCUAGGAAGCAGAAGGGGGGGGGUGGCAGUAAGAAGACACAGCAGCAGCCAUCGGACAAGGACAGGACGACGGCCACGACGGCCACGACGGCCACGACGACCGGCCCCAACGGAGGAGCCGAGCCGAUACAGUCGCCAGGACCAGCAGCAGACGUUGCAGCCGCAGCAUCAGAACUGGCAACACAACCUAAGAGAGAAAGAGAUUCUGCCGAGUCGACGGGCCAGAAAGACGACAAGACGGAUGAGCAUGAUGCCUCUCCCGUGAAACCUGCUACCGGCCUCAUCAUCCACGACGAUGACUAG